AUGUGCAUCAGGCUGCUUGCGGCGGCAGCCCUGCUGGGCUCUGUGAGCGCCGAUUCACCCGCCGACCCGCAAACGGCAGAGCCCCCUACGAAUAGCGAGGCGGCCGAGGAGGAAGGCAUCCGGGAGGACAUCACCGAAGAGAGGGCAACACUUUGGGAGAAGAUCGAAGGAUUCUUCGGGUCCAUGCCCAAAUAUGUUCACGUCAGCCUCAAGCGCGGGACCAACUACGGGUUGCAGGAGCACUUCUGCGUGGACAAGGAUCUGUGGAGUGAUGACACAGUGGUCUCCUGUGACUGCUGCAUGGACCACUUGAUCGGGGACCCGCUUUCUCAAUCGGCCCUCGUGUACAAAAGCUCCAAGGAGGAAGCUCCUGCUUUCGAGCGCUAUGAAGAUGGCAGCACUCGGCAGGUUGGCAUGGUCAAUGUGUGGAGCAUCGGAGGCCGCAUCCCGGCAGUGCUCUGUGAUCGUGGUCGCUUGGUUUGCCAUUGUGAGGACCCAGUUCGAGGCUGGGCGGAGUUUGAGCCUGCAUGCCGCCGUGGCCACCCCUGCCAGCCUCCGGAGGAAGUUCUGGAGGGUGUCAGCGUUGGCUAUGAGGCGCCUGUGGAGGAGGAGGACAGCAGUUCCAAUGCCUCCAUGCUCGAAGUGGUGGGCGUGGAGGGCGUGCAGGGCGUGCAGGGCGAGGCGCCGCCGUUGACGAGCUGCGCCAUCGGACGCAUUCCACUGGGCCUCGCUUUCUGCGAGGACUUCUCCGUGGAGCAAUGCGAGAAGACCUACUCACGGACGAAGCAGGGCAUCCACCACCUCUGCGCCGUCGACCCUAAGACCUUCAGACACUGCGGGGCCACGCUGAUGACCGAGGAGGAGGCUCGGAAGCGCACAGAGGAGGCCCGGUCCUGGGCCAUCCAGAACUCUUACUCGCCAGAGCUGGACUGGAAGGUCUUGACUGUCAACUUCACAACUCAUGUCAUCGAGGAUCCCUUACCUCCUGCGGACAUCUUCGAGGCCAAGGUCUUGGAGAGGAUGGAUGCGCAGGGAACACUCGAGAAGCUGAACGAGUGA